ACUACUCAAUCUAUUUAGUAACCAAAAUGGCUACAUCUUCUUUGACCAUCUCAUUUGCAUUGCUUGCUUUGUGCUUGAUGAUCGAUACUUCUUCAGCACAACUCUCUCCCGAUUUCUACUCAAAGAGUUGUCCAAAAGUUUUCGAGGCUGUGGGCUCAGUGAUUCAGUCUGCUGUUUCAAAGGAAAAACGCAUGGGCGCGUCCCUCCUUCGGCUCCAUUUCCAUGAUUGUUUUGUCAAUGGAUGUGACGGGUCGAUCCUUCUAGACGACACGCCUUCGUUUACCGGAGAAAAAACCGCGGGGCCAAAUAAUAAUUCUGUUAGAGGGUUCAAUGUGAUUGAUGAUGUGAAGUCGAAAGUUGAGAAAGUUUGCCCUGGUGUCGUCUCGUGUGCUGAUAUAUUAGCGAUUUCAGCUCUCGAAUCCGUUCUUGCUUUAGGUGGGCCCUCUUGGAAGGUUAAAUUAGGACGAAGAGACUCCAAAUCAGCAAGCCUUUCAGCCGCCAACAGCGGCGUUAUUCCGCCACCGCAAUCCACCCUCAGCAACCUCAUCAACCGCUUCCAAGCGGUGGGUCUUUCCGCCAAAGACAUGGUGGCCCUCUCAGGCGCGCAUACAAUCGGACAAGCACGUUGUACAGUUUUCAGAGCACGUGUCCACACUGACACGAACAUCGACGCUUCGUUUGCCAAAUCACGUCAAUCAAACUGCCCACUUACGGCGGGUUCCGGCGACAACAACCUCGCACCACUUGACGUGAAGACGCCGAAUAACUUCGACAACAGUUACUACAAGGAUCUGAUCAACCAACAGGGUCUUCUCCGGUCAGAUCAGCAGCUGCACAACGGUGGCUCCACAGAUUCGUUGGUGGAGCAGUACAGCAAAAACCCCGGAAGUUUCCAUGUUGAUUUUGCGGCCGCCAUGAUCAACAUGGGUGAUAUUCGUCCCCUCACUGGCUCCAACGGCGAGAUCAGGAAGAACUGCCGGAAAGUUAACUCGUAAUUGGUCGGAAUAUUUUGUGUUUCUAUUUUAAAACGUGUGAAUUUCAAUUUAAGUUUAAUGGUGUUUUUUGUUCCUUUUUGUUUUAAUUAUUAAAACUUGGUGAAAUGUAAUAUCUUUGAUGCAAUCAAACUUAUUUCCGUUCGGUAU